AUGAAGACUGUUUUCGCCCUCAUCCUCGCGGUCGCCGCCUCCAUGGUCUCUGCUGGUGUCAUCAUUGUCCCCAUCAAGCGAAACCAGAUCGUGCCCAAGAACGCGGACGAUUGCUUCUUCGGCGUUACGACGCCGAAUGGUUGCGGACUUUUGCGGAACUGA